AUGGGCGCCUGGAGACUGCACGAGUGGCGCCGCGCCGGCCGCGCGCCGUCCCCACCGGAGCGCUGCUGCCUCGCCCGGGCGCUCGGGCUCGCCGUGCACGUGCUUCCCGCGCCGGUGCCGUUGGCGGAGGCUGGCCAGAGGGAGGCCCAAGAGCGCGAGGCGAGGUCCGCAGCCCUGGCCGCGGCGGGCCCAGAGCGCCACGCUGCUGCCGGGCAUCGGGCGAGAGCCACGCUGGGAGUCGCGCCAGAGUCUGUCCUCGAGGCCAGUCCCCAGGCGAGCCGCCGCGCGGCGGCGCCGCCUGGCGCCGGCGUAGCCGUCGCCGCCCUCGCGGCGGCCGCGGGGGCCGCCGGCGCCACGGCCUCCAGGGGCGCCAAGGUCGGACAGCUGUCCGAGGCCCGGCGGGCGGUCAACGCCCUGCGGCUCGGCGAGGAGGCGGCCGCUCGCGCCGCCUCGUCGUGCUCCCCGGAGCCCCCUAGCGCGGUGCUGCCGCGGAAACGAGGCGCCGACGCGGCGGACCAGAGGAGCAACCGGCGGUCGGCGACGCUGCAGCGGCGCGCGGAUUGUUCCUCGAGCUCCUCGCGCGAGGAGGACGAGGAGGACGAGGAGGAGGACGAGGACGACGACGACCUCGAGGACGAGGAGGAGCUGCAGCGGCCUUGGCCGCGCC